CAUACUGGAGAGAAGCCUUACCAAUGCAAAGAAUGUGGCAAAUCCUUUACUUCCCAUUCAAUCCUUAAGAAACAUCACAGAAUCCAUACUGGAGAGAAGCCUUACCAAUGCAAAGAAUGCGGCAAAUCCUUCACUCACCACGCAAGCCUUUUCCAACAUCUCCGAAUCCAUACUGGAGAGAAGCCUUACCAAUGCAAAGAAUGUGGCAAAUCCUUUACUUGCCAUGCAAGCCUUAUCCAACAUCUCCCAAUCCAUACUGGAAAGAAACCUUACGAAUGCAAAGAAUGUGGCAAAUCCUUUCCUCACCACUCAACCCUUAUCCAACAUCUCCGAAUCCAUACUGGAAAGAAACCUUACCAAUGUAAGGAAUGUGGCAAGUCCUUUACUCAGCAGUCACACCUCAGUGCACAUCACCGAAUCCAUACUGGAGAGAAGCCUUACCAAUGCAAAGAAUGUGGCAAGGUCUUUACUUACCACUCAAUCCUUACCAAACAUCACCGAAUCCAUACUGGAGAGAAGCCUUACCAAUGCAAAGAAUGUGGCAAGGCCUUUACUUACCACUCAAACCUUACCACACAUCACCGAAUCCAUACUGGAGAGAAGCCUUACCAAUGCAAAGAAUGUGGCAAAUUUUUUACUCAACACAUAACCCUUACCAAACAUCACAGAAUCCAUACUGGAGAGAAGCCUUACCAAUGUAAAGAAUGUGGCAAAUCCUUUACUUGCCAUGCAAGCCUUAUCCAACAUCUCCCAAUCCAUACUGGAAAGAAACCUUACCAAUGUAAAGAAUGUGGCAAGUCCUUUACUCGCCAGUCAUGCCUUAACAAACAUCACAAAAUCCAUACUGGAGAGAAGCCUUACCAACAUAAAGAAUGUGGAAAGGCCUUUAACUGGUCCUCUGACCUUAAUAAACAUUGCUGAAUCCAUACUGGAGAGAAACCGUACCAAUUCAACGAAUAUGGCAAGUUCUUUACCCAGUCCUCACAAUUUCAUGAACAUCACCAAAUCCAUACUGGAGAGAAACCUUACCAAUGUAAAGAAUGUGGCAAAUUCUUACUCACCACUCAAGCCUUACCAAACAUCACCGAAUUCAUACUAGAGAGAAACCCUACCAAUGUAACGAAUGUGGCAAGAUCUUUACCAAGCACGCACACUGUAUUGGACAUAAAAGAAUUCAUUCUGGAGAGAAAUGUUAGUAAUGUGAUUAACGUGCCAAAGCCUUUAUCCAACACUCGCCUUAUUCAAUAUCACAGAAUUCAUACUAGAUCGAAACGCUACAAAUGUUAGAAUAUGGCUAGAUCUUUAAGUGACCUUUACACUUUACUUGACGUCACAGAAUUCAUACUAGAUGAAAACCUUCCCAAUGUAACACAUGCAGUAAGGUCUUUAAUCACUUUUCAAAUUUUACUCAGUAUCACAGAAUUCAUCCUGGAGCAACUCUUCCAAAUUUGAAGAAUGUGAGAAAGGUUUUGUGGACUGUUCACCCCUUGCUUCACAUUGGAAACUUGAUCCUGGAGAAUAAUCAUUGAAUACGACAGCAUGUGGCAAGACUUCUAAGAACUGCUACAGCCUGACUCCUGAUCAGAGAAGGGAUUCUAGGGAAGAUGUUGCAAAGAUGCAGAAUUUGGAGAGCAUGUUAAUUAGAGCUGAAGCUUCAUUCUACACCACAGAAUUCAUCCUGGAGAAAAAACGUAAAAUGUAAAGAAUGUAGUUAAAUCUGUAUGACUGCUCAACCCUACUCAGGAUCGCAGACUUUAUCCUGAGGAGAAACAUUACAAAGUAAACAAUGUGUCCCGCCUAUAGCUGGAACUCACAACUUGCUCAAUUCCAUAGCUAUCUUAGAGCAUAGAAAGAGAGAAAGAGAAGAGAGAAUUGCAGUGCUUACAAGUGGAGUUUGAUCCUUCAUCAAUACUUGAAAAAACACAUGAGAUUUAAAUCCUAC